GGAAGCCUCCAGUCUGACCUGAACAAACUGGGAGUAGCUACCGUUGCCAAAGGUGUUUGUGGAGCCUGCAAGAAACCAAUUGCUGGACAGGUACGCUGUAAGCUCCUCCAGUGACCUCUACCCUGCCCUUGAGGGACUGCCCUCUCCUGAGAUGAUAGGUUGUCACAGCCAUGGGGAACACCUGGCACCCAGAGCACUUCGUUUGCACCCACUGCCAGGAGGAAAUUGGGUCACGCAACUUUUUUGAACGUGAUGGUCAGCCUUACUGUGAGAAGGACUAUCAUAAUCUCUUCUCCCCUCGCUGCUACUACUGCAACGGGCCCAUCCUCGACAAAGUGGUGACAGCCCUGGACAGGACAUGGCACCCAGAACACUUCUUUUGUGUGCAGUGUGGCGCUUUCUUUGGACCUGAAGGGUUUCAUGAGAAGGAUGGCAAAGCCUAUUGCCGCAAGGAUUACUUCGACAUGUUCGCUCCCGAGUGUGGGGGCUGCGUCCGGGCCAUCCUGGAAAAUUACAUCUCUGCCUUGAAUACCCUGUGGCACCCUGAGUGCUUUGUCUGUCGGGAAUGUUUCACGCCGUUCAUCAACGGCAGCUUCUUUGAGCACGAUGGGCAGCCCUACUGUGAGGUGCAUUAUCACGAACGCCGCGGCUCGCUGUGUUCCGGCUGCCAGAAGCCCAUCACGGGAUGCUGCAUCACCGCCAUGGCCAAGAAAUUUCACCCAGAACACUUUGUCUGUGCCUUCUGCCUCAAGCAGCUCAACAAAGGAACCUUCAAGGAACAGAAUGACAAGCCCUACUGUCAGAACUGCUUCCUCAAACUCUUCUGCUAGACGCAUCCUAGCUGGGAACGGAGCAUCUUUCUGCCACCUCACUAGGCAGCCGAGUCUCUCUGAGCAUUACUGUGAUUUAGAAACCUUGCCGGGGGAGGGGGGAGACGGGGAAGGGGGGUGCUAAGUGCUGCUCCAGAAAGACGAGAUGAACCAUUAAACUGGAAAUGCCCAUGCUGUGUUUCAGUGGGGAGAUGCUGAGCCCCAUCAUUAAAGUGUUGUAUGAUUGUUGACAGCCGAGAGGACCCUGAAGCUCUAGCGAGGAGAUGCCUUUCUCGAGGAGAGGGCUGGAUAAAGCCUUGAGUCAACUCUCCCUGAGCCAACAUGUGACACUUCCAAGCAAAACGUCCUUGGCUUUGGUGACACUUCUCUCUCGCUGGGGCAGUUAAGCGCUGUGUGACCCAAGCAGUAGCUCUGCUGCUGCACAGCAAGGGCCAUGCUCUGACCUCUGCAUUGCCCGGGCUGUGCAUGGUCGAGUCCUGGGGCACACGGGAUUUACUACGAUUACAGCAGCAGCCCCAGAAGCUGUAAAGACCCUGCAGUGGAGUCUUUCCAGUUCAGUAACACUGCAGGGAAUUGAUGCCACUUAUUUUUUAGAAAGGGGAAGUAGGGGGCUACUCUGUUUUUCUAGCUUGUGAUUCUCUCCCCCUCCUGAAUGGAGUGUCCCAUUUUGUGCUGGACACCCCCAACUCCCCAGGAGUGGGUAGGGCAAAUGCUCCUAAUUCUGCUGCUCCUGGGAGAGGAGGAGGAGACUGGCACCAAUUAAUUUUAAAAGAAAAUGCAGAGAAAUUUGAGGGCCCAGCCCUCCCCUCUGAGCGAAUGUGGCUUAUGCUGUGUGUCUGGCCUGCAUUUUACUAAGGGAAGGGCCUGAAAGCCUCUCUAGGUUUUUUUAAAAAGCAAGGACAAAGUAAAGCUAUAGACUUCGUAUUCCUUGUUCAUCUUCCUCUCUGCUCUUUGCUAAUCAGGCCGGCAGUCCCUCUUCUUUGAUACUGUCCUGUUCCUUGCUCUUGAGAAAUACGUUCUACUGAGACUCUCUAGAGCAAUAACCUUUGAUAUUGACUGUUACUGGUCUAACAAGUCCCUGAGGUCUGGUGUAUCUGACCCUUGGAGUUUUGCUAUGGAACUGAAUACUGUAUGCUUUGAUAAAAACUGUAGAUUUCUACACUGAGGUUUGAGUUCAGAACUAAUUUACUUUUAAUCCUCUUCUACAGAAAUUGGUUUUGAAGUGAUUUGAAGAAAGCUACUUUUAUAUCUCACACUGUGUUGUUCUAGGCAGGGUACCAGUUGUGCUGGUUACUGCAUCUGUAACCUCAAUGCUUGGGUCUAACAAACCAUUAACAUGAAGUAUUUUCUUUUUACUGGGGGUUGGGAAGGCUCUGGGUUUUGCAGGGGAAGGGAAUGUGACUUGUAUUGUUUGCUAGCACAAGCAGGUGAGCUGUGAAUAGCUCUUUUAAUUAUCUCACAUCACCUGGAAAGUUUAUUUUGUAACCUGUAAACUGCUGUAUUUGACUUACC